GCAUGUUCCGGAGGUCCGGCUGUAGCCGCGUGCCUGGGUGGACUUUGCGGGCAAGGAUUCUUCUGUACCACUAACAACUUCUGCUGCCGUUGCCAAUCAGGAAACACGACAGGACCAUGUGUAAAUCAGCAAUGUCCAGUUGGCUACAUGUGCAACACCAAUAACUAUUGCUGCCCUCUCGGAUCUGGUGGAGUCCUAGGACCAUGUGUGAAUGGAGCCUGUCCGACGGGAUACACCUGUGGUGCUGGAAACCUUUGCUAUCUGACGGCAGGAAAGUAG